GAAAAGAAAGAGAGAGCGCAAACACAAGGAUAGCAGGCUUGACAUAUACAUAUUCGCAGUGAACAAACAGAAAUCGCAAUGCCAGAGAAAGACAGACGAAGCCAGUGAGAGAAGAAGGUCACCUCUAGAGCAGUGAAGGAACGUGGGGACAUACCUGAAGACUGAACUUUGUAGGUCUGGAAUGUGAAAUCAGGAGGUCCUGCUUUAAACAGAAGACGACAUUUUGAUGCCCCACCACUGAAAGACGACCAGGGAACACACAGCAUUACUGAGGGUCACAAUGGAGAAACUCUCCGAAAAAGAUAAAGGUCUGAUCCGGGACAGCUGGGAGAGUCUGGGGAAGAACAAGGUGCCACAUGGAAUUGUUAUGUUCACGAGGUUAUUUGAGCUGGAUCCAGCACUGCUUGCUCUCUUCAACUACAGCACAAACUGUGGCGUUGCACCUGAAUGCCUCUCCAGCCCAGAGUUCCUUGAGCACGUCACCAAGGUGAUGUUAGUGAUCGAUGCUGCUGUGAGCCAUCUUGAUGACCUACAUUCAUUGGAGGACUUCUUGUUGAACCUGGGCAAGAAGCACCAGACAGUUGGGGUGAAGACUCAGUCCUUCACUUUGGUUGGAGAGUCCCUGCUUUAUAUGCUUCAGUCCAGCCUGGGUCCGGCUUACACGACACCACUGCGCCAGGCUUGGCUCAACUUGUACAGCAUCGUGGUAUCAGCCAUGACCAGAGGCUGGGCCAAGAAUGGUGAACAUAAGUCAAAUUGAGAAGGAGGUAGAUGUGAGAUUCACACUGGAACACCCUUGAGGUCACAAACUAACUUCUCAAAAAUCCUUUCGAAGAGUGAGGGGCCGGGAUAUGGGACCACCAUUGUGAAAAUCAGUUCAGCUGAGUUGUAUUUUGGCUUACUGAACGAUCCUAACUUUGGUAGCUUGGUUUAACUGUAGACUAAGAUUGUAGAUGAGGUUGAGGUGGAGCUUAUUGCAGGACACAGACAGUUUUUGAUUGAAACUUCAAAAGCAAAAUGUGCUUUGUAUAUACAGUAAUGACUAAGUACAUAUAGUAAUGACUAAAUGUAUUUCCUCAAACUAUCUUAAAUGACUGUCUUGAUGUGUUGAUGUUUCAUGUGAGCGUAAAACAGAGGUUUGACUAUGCACAUGUGAACUUGGUCAACUCGAAAAAGUUUUAUUCUGAUGCCUCUCGGAAUCAAUUUAGAUAAAGGCCUUUAAAGCCACUACAAUUUUAACCCUAAAUGACACAGAAUUAAUUCUAUACUCUUGCCUGUGCUGUGUUAGUUAAAGUUUACUGUAAGUUUAGUGAUGUUCAGUAAGUUAUCUGAGCAUGAACAUGAUGAUAGUGUCCAAAUGAUAGUGUCAAAGACAAUAAGCAAUCAAUAGCCAUGAUUUAUUUAUUUAUUUUUUUGAAGCCAUCCAAAUGUUCAUGUGAAAUGUUUCGUUUGCCACAUUUUUCAACCAUUAACAGUAUUUCUGGCGAUGAAAGUAAAUGACGAGAACUGUUACAUCUGAAAUAGCUUUUGGAAUUUUUAGACUGUUAAUUUAUGAACCUGUGCCAUGUCAUAAGUUUACAUUUCCAUUGUAUGGGAUUACACUCGACGCACUCUACUCCAAGACUUACUUACGAAAGACUUGUGUAGAGUUACUUCACAAAAAGUGACUGUUAUAUCAUAGUGACUAGCUGAUUUGUUCACCUAUUUACAAUAGUCUAAAAAUGUUUAUGCUUAAUGACCCAGUCCAAUGGGUGUUAGUGAUGAAUAAGAAUUUUAUUUCACGGUGUUUGUAAAUUUGUUAUUUUUGAAAAAUAGUAAAUUGCAUUCGUUGGCUUAUUACAAACUUCUAAGUUAAGAAAAUACACACUCUUAUCUAAGGUAAGAAUAUUUGUUGCCAUAAUUAUGAGCUAUAGAAAAACGCUAAAAGCGAUGAUAACCUUUUUGCUGCUAUUCAAUAGCUUUGUAGAAAUGUUGUUCUCUUUAUAUGAGAGAUAUUUCUACAUUUAAAUGGGUCAUGCCAAGUCUUUCAAAGUGCGUAGAGCUGUCACAGAUAUUGAAACUGCUGGUAUGUUACACUUUACAUGUUAGCUUAUAUGACAAUACCUACUUUAGGUAUAUAGCCUUUUCGAUAUAUUUAGGUGUAUGUGGAUUGAUUAUUUAAUUUUAUGUAUUGCUCAAUGGUGCACUAUGAUAAGUUAAAAUUUUUU